CUCUCAGUGGAGUUUUGAAUCCCAUGCGGAACCCAAACCUUUUUCCUACCUGCACUCCAAGAAUCAAACCCAUCUCACCCACAUGCCCUGCUUACGUGUCGCUCUCUUAUUGGUUGACUGUGUACUGAAAACAAUGGGCUUUUUCAGAUCGAAGCCCACGUGGCAAGAUCCUACGCUGAAAAUUACAGAACCUAGAGAAUACCACUCUACUCCUCCUUACUACUACACUUUUUUUCCUUUCAACUUUCUCUCCCAUUUCCCACCACUCAAACGCCUUCUUCCUCUUUAUUCCUCUUUUCCCCGCCUUUAAAACCCGCCGAGGCUACGAAAUUCGAUUCCACGUAAAACGCAGUGCACUCUGCGAUUUUUCUUUUUAAAAAAGAAAAAAUGAAAAAGUCGGUGUUGAAAGAACCCGAGUCGACGACUCAUUUCGACUCGCCUCACUCACCAUUCCGAAUACGAUCCUCUCCUCUCUCCGAUGGCGGCGAUCCUAACGAGUCCGAAUCUCCGCCACAGCGGUUUCACUCGCCAGAAAACUCACCGGAAAGUCAACACCGUGACAACUCCAGGGCAAUCGUGGUCGUCGGAAGUCCGGCGCACCAAUCUCCCUUGCACGAUUCCGAUCGCCAGAGCCCGACUCCGGAGAAUGCACCGCCGGUGGUGGUAAUCAACCGCGCUGUGAGGCAGGAGCCUCAGCCUGCGCCGACGAAUCUGAGCGCCGGUCAUGGAGGACGAGGCAGAGAAGGCGGAGGGAGGGGGAGAAGCAGGACGGCGCCGGCGAUGAAUAGGGAGAAGAUAAUGAGGACGGCGGCACUAGGGUUCCGGGUGAGCGAGGUGGUUCUGUGUUUGAUUUCGUUUUCGGUUAUGGCGGCCGAUAAGACUCAAGGUUGGAGUGGUGACUCCUUUUAUCGCUACAAGGAAUACAGGUAUUGUUUAUCAAUGAACGUUAUAGCAUUUGUUUAUGCUGCAUUUCAAGCAUGUGAUCUUGCCACCCAGUUCUCUGGCAAACAAUUACUCGUUCACCAUUUCCGCCCUCACUUUGAUUUCUUCAUGGAUCAGGUUCUGGCAUAUCUCUUGAUGUCUGCAUCAUCAUCGGCAGCUACCCGGGUAGAUGACUGGCAAUCGAACUGGGGAAGAGAUGAGUUCACGGAGAUGGCGAGUGCCUCAGUUGCUUUCUCCUUCCUAGCAUUCAUUGCAUUUUCCAUUAGUUCACUCAUCUCUGGUUACAACCUCUUCACUCUCUAUCCUGUUCCUUAGCAACCAACAUUUUAAACCUCAUACACAUACAAACUGUCUGUCUAUAUGAGUCCUCUUUUUAAAUUCUUUUUCUUCUGAUGUCUAUUAAUGCAAUCAAGAAAAUGUCAUUGCCCGUGAUUUUAUUUCUUUUACUGUACAGACAGACUUGUAUACAUAAACUUGCAUGGUAUUUCAUCUUACGAUUCGCAGGGUGGAGAAAGAAUUUUGUAUAACUUUGAAAUACAAUUUUUAAUUUCAAUAUUUUAAAUGAAAAUAGUUUUACACAA